CCAGAAUAAUAAAUUCAUUUAUAAUGAUUUUAUAAUAAAAAGAAGAAUUUUUCUUGAGAUUCCAUCAAAUGGUUUGAAUUCCUCCGGCAAAUCUCACAUCUUCCUCCUUCCAUCCAUCCGCUCGCCGCGCUUCAAUCGGAAGCUCGUUCCGUCCCUUCAACCUCGGCGCCGACGGGGGGCGAAUCCAGGAAAAAUCGCCGCCAUGCAACUUCCAUUCGACGGCGGGAGGUCCGCCAGGGCGGCGGAGAAGCCGAAUUUCGCGCAGACUUGCAAUCUACUCAGCCAGUUUCUCAAAGGGAAGGGAAAUCUCAGAGAUCUAGGGCUGGAAAUUCGCGGCAAAUUGGAAGCUCCAGAUUCCAAACACAGGCUUAACGUUUCUGGGAAAAAACCAGACGUGGCUACUGCUGCACCCACCAUCGACUUUUUAGGGAACUUGGGAAAAUCAAAUCACUCACCACUGGAACGGGACUUGAAUUUCACUGAUCUGGUUCCUAAACAUACUGCGAUGGGCUCUCCGGCAUCGGUGGAUGAAGCUUCAAAAGAAGCACCAAGAGAGACCGCAGCCAAGACGGCCCCACUAACAAUUUUCUACUCUGGCAAAGUUAUGGUCUUUGAUAAUUUUCCAGCUGACCAAGCCGCGGCGGUACUGACUUUGGCACGCAAAGUGAGCUUUCAGAAUGCUAAUUCUGGUGUUUUCCAGACAGUCACUGCAGAUGUCCAACCCACCUCUGUUAGUAACAGGACACCACAAAUCCCUACUUGCCCUUCAGGACCUAAUGUUUCAGAUCUUCCAAUUGCAAGGAGAUCAUCACUUCAUCGGUUCCUGGAGAAGAGGAAGGAUAGGUCCGUUGCUAGGGCGCCAUACCAGCUACUUCCCAAUCCAAUGCCUUCAUCAUCAUCUUCUUCCAAGGAUGAAGUCCUAGAUCUCAACUUCAAGUUGUAGUCUCUACAAGCAGCGAAUAUGUGAGGCUUGAAUUGACAUGUAUUGUUCACUCAAAGCCCUUUAACUAGUUCCGCGUUGGAAUUUGGACACGUGGUAGCAUUUCUCAUAUCCCAUUCAAACUUUCCGUGAGUUGCGACAUUUUUGGGUCGUGACGAAGUUAUUUAUUGUAAAUAAUAAUAGCCGAUUGUAGGUGUGGCACCUUAUUUUUUUUCUUCCGGGUACUAAAACUUAUAUUAAUCCCAUCAUUUUAACACCAUUUUCAUCUUCAUCUGUAGGAAAGUGUAGUGUGAAAGCAAGAGUUUGUUAGAAUUAAGCCUCCUUUGGGUUCUUCCACCGUAAAUCGAACUUUCCAGGCGUUCUGCAGCACCUCCGAAUGUCAUCUUGUUUGGAUCAUCAAUAAUCAUCAGAACGAGCGGUUGAACAAUAGGCUUCCAUCAAUGGGGGUCUCGUUUAGGGUCUCUAAGACCGGCACAAGGUUUCGGCCCAGAAUACAAGCUCAACCCACUACAGACGCCGCCGCUGACGAGGAAGACGCCGUCUCCGAUGUCCAAUUUCAGAAGCAUAGAAAUUCAACUCCGCCUCUUCAUGAUACGACUGCCGCAUCCGCUGCUCGGAGGGUCUCGACUGAGGUCACUGAUGUCGACAAUCGCACUUCUGGAGUCUCUGAAAAUGAAGUAUCAUUCUCACUGAACCUGUAUCUAGAUGGUUAUUCUAUUGGGAAAUCAUUAGAGAUUGAUCCUUCUGGCAAUGCUCCAAGAUUUUUACAUCCAUAUGAUAGGGCAUCUGAAAUGCUCUUCUCGGCAAUUGAGGCUGGCCGAUUACCUGUUGAUAUUCUGGAUGAUAUACCGUGCAAGUAUAUCGAUGGUGCAAUUGUUUGUGAGGUUCGAGAUUACAGGAAAUGCAUGUCUGAAGCAGGACAAGGUUCAGAUCCAGUAAAUCUUUAUCCUCUUAUCACUAAAGUUUGCCUUAAAAUGUCAUUGGAGAAUGUUGUAAAGGAUAUACCAUUGAUUUCUAAUGGUGCAUGGACAUAUGGUGAUAUGAUGGAAGUAGAAUCCAGGAUAUUAAAAGCUAUACAACCUGAGCUUUGCCUGAAUCCAAUCCCAAAGUUAGACAAGCUCUGCAACAGCUCAGUUUCCUCAAAGUUGAACUUGGCAAUAAGCACAAUGCGGAGGAAGAGGCUAAGGGAGAUCUCAAGGUCAGGGGAUGCUGGGGCCAUAUUGCAGCAGUCUGCUUAUGGAAAUGUACAUUUACAAAGUAAUGGUCCAAACAAUAUGGAAGCAGCAAGAACCAACAAUUUUUGUUCUGAUGUCUCUAUUCCACCCGCUUCGCCUUUGGUAUCUAACCAGCUAAAUCAUCAAAUAGGGACCGGUAGUCCAAGAACUAUGCAGGAUCAAAGGCCAGUUGUCAUAGAUUCAUCAGCGGCUUCUCCUGCCAUGCCAGACACAAUGAGUUCUGGUCCUCUACAUGGCAAAAGAGAUAAUCCAGAAGAGCAAUCUCAUUCUCUUGCUAAUUUCAAUAAGAGAGCAAGAUUUUCAAUAAUUGCCCAGGAUGGUAAUCAAAUGCAAAACGCAGGGCCACAAAUAGAUAGUUUUGAUGGAUCCGAUUCACACUGGAGGAAUACACUAUUACUGCAGAGGGGAGUUCCAUAUUCUAACACUGGCCCGCAGAGGUUUUCACAGCAAAUGUUUGAAAGGGGUAUGAACCUUCAUGAAGCUGGAAUGCCAUCUGGUGUUGGGCAACAGGUGGCAAGAUAUGGUUUGAAGGAAGAACCCUCUGAGUUAGAGAAGCCAGUAGGACCUAGUAGAAGCGAAAUGCAGGCAAUGGACACGGAUAUGGGUCAUAUAGAUCCUCAGGUAUUACGGCAACACCAAAAAGCAGCACAUCAGUUCUCCAGGUCAGGUCUCCCUCAGACACAGUGGAACAAUGCAAGUCAGCUCCUUGAGAACAGUGCCAGAAAGGAAGAUUCAUUCCAGAAGAGGAAACAAGUUCAAAGUCCCCAUUUUUCUGGCGGAGGUUUACCUCAAUCUCCUUUAUCAUCUAAAUCAGGAGACUUUUCCAGUGGUUCAGUAGGUCCUCACCAAUAUGGCUCUGCAGUGACAAGUGGACUUGCAGUGUCCCUGAAGGAGAAGCCUGUUUCUCUGCCGGGUGGGGCAACAUCUUUCACUUCUGGUGUGAAUGAUUCCAUGCAGAGACAUCAUCAAGCUCAGAUUGCGGCAGCAAAACGUAGAACCAAUUCUCUCCCUAAGACUCCUGCGAUGAGCGGAGUUGGUUCCCCGGCUAGUGUUAGUAAUAUGAGUGUCCCAAUAAAUGCAUGCAGCCCUCCUGUUGGAAACCCACCUUCGGCUGAGCAAAUCAUGCUAGAGAGGUUCUCCAAAAUUGAAAUGAUAGUGGCAAGGUAUCAACUUAAUUCCAAGAAGAAUAAGGUGGAUGAUCGCCCUAUGCAAAAACCAUCUGUGUACCCAACUCAGGCGAUUCAGAAAUAUUUUUCUAAUGAUUCAAACAAUGAGACCAUCAUUGAUGAAGUCUCUAAAUUGUCGAAGACUGUUAUUCAGGGUAGUGCAAAUGUAUGCAAAAGAAGAGUAUUGGCUUGUACACAGACAGAGCGCAUGUUUCAAGUUGUCCCAAAGGCACAUAUUAAAAUGAUAAUGUCAGAGAAGCCUAGUGAUGGCACUGUUGCUAUGUAUAUUGGGGAAAUUGAAGAUAGUGAGUACUUUGCUGUCGAGGAUUACCUACCUACGUUGCCCAAUUCUCAUUUUGCAGACUUACUAGCUUCACAGUAUUCCUCACUGAUGAUCCGUGAAGGAUAUUAUGUAGAAGAUAAUGUCCAAUCAAAACCGAAGCGUGUUCCUCCUCAGCAACCCUCAAGUAGUCAACAACCUAAUAAGAAUAUGCAUGGACUUUCUCCGGGAAACGACAUGCAACAGUAUUCUUCUGAUGGACUUCCUUUGGGUCCACCCCCUGAAAAUUCUAAAUCACCUAACAGUGUUAAUGCUUCUUUCAACUCAAGCAUUCAAGGCACAAGAUCUCUACCCCCUGGGAGUACACAGUCAUUACAACAACUACCACAUAGGACACAGGAAUCUGAGAUGCUGCCACCUCAGCAGCAACAGCAACAAAAUCAGCAGCCGUCUUUGAUUCAACCCCAGCAGCAGUUCCAAAGAUCACCAUCCAUGAUGAUGGCUGCUAAUCAUUUGAAUGGAGGAGGAACUACUAACCACUUGUCUAAUAAACCUUCCCCCCUCCAACUUCAGAUCCUACAACAACAUCAACAUCAAAGGAAAAUGAUGAUGGGUCUUGGAAAUGUGAGUAUGGGAAACAUGAACAAUAGUAUGGUCGGGCUUGGUGGACUGGGCCAUAAUGUAAUGGGCAGCAUGGGUGUCAGGGGGGGCUCUGGGAUAUCUGCACCAAUGGGUUCUAUUCCAGCAAUGGGCAACUUGGGUCAGAACACAAUGAAUGUGGGCCAGGCAUCAAAUAUUGCAGCGAUGCAGCUUCGGUCCAAUCCAAUCAUGGCGUCAAAGUUGAGAAUGAUGAACAGAUACAACAUGUUGGGGGGGAGUCCACAAUCAAGCAUUGCAGGUAUGCCUGGAGGAGGUAGACAAAUGCUUCCCACCACAGCUGCUAGUCUUUCAAUGUUGGGACCCACUGUUCUUAAUCGUGGUAACCCAAUGCAACGGACACAGUUGGCUACAAUGGGCCCACCCAAGUUGAUGUCGUCCGGGAUGAAUCUGUACAUGAAUCAGCAACAGUUGCAACAUUUUCAACAACAACAGAUGCAGCAACGACAGCAGCAGCAGCAGCAGACACAACAACAACAACAACAACAACAACAACAACUAGAAACACCGUCUUCUCCUCCACAGACCGUAGUAGCUACGCCACCUCCACAAGUAGUCGGGUCACCAUCAAGCAUGGGCAUCAUCCCGCAACAAAUGAACCAGCAACAGCAGCAGUUGAGCCCACAGCAGCAAAUGGGCCAACGAACUCCCAUGAGCCCACAACUCAGUUCAGGGGCUAUACAUCAACAUCAUCAUCCCAUGAGUGCUGGUGGUAAUCCAGAAGGAGGAGCUUGCCCGGCCAGCCCACAGCUUAGCUCUCAAACCAUGGGGUCCGUUGGCAGUAUGUCCAACUCUCCAAUGGACCAACAGCAGCUGCAAGGUGUGAAUAAGAGCAAUUCCGCUAGUUAGUUAGUUACCAUUGUAUUGUACUAUAAGUUUCUCUUUUUUUUGGGUUAACAUGUUACGUGCCAUAUACGGAGUAUAUCUUAACUUUGUAAUAUUAUCAUUAUUAGGGCGAGAAUAAAUUCACGUCCAAAUUAGCUAUAUCCAUGCUUUUCAUCUAAAUUUGCUAAAUUCACACCAAUAUCAAACUUAUAUUAAUGAGUGUGUAAUUGGCAUAUUUAAGUGAAAAAUGUGGAUAUAUCCAUUUUGGGUGUGGAUUUAGCAACACCCUUAUUGUAAUUGGCACCGAUAUAAUUCAAUUUCUGAAAAAUUUGUGUUACUUUUAUUUCGAGCGUAGCAGAAAUAUAUGACUAGCGGUGGU